UAACUGAAAGUCGAUGACUCUCUCAAGAGAAGCUCUUCGAUCGGUUGAAGGUCGAUGGAGAUGAUGAUGAAGCCGAUAAGGGAGGGACGAUAACGGUUGGUAUUUUCUGGAACGUGACGAUUGCUCAGAGGAAAGAGAGGAUUGGCCGGAGAAUUAGGUUUUUGGAUGGAGGAUUAACGGAGGAGAAGAAGGUUCGUUUGAGUGGGAUUAGACGGAGCGAUGAAAGGCAGCAAGAAGAAGACAUGGAUGCUGCCAUAGAAGUCGACUUGAAGCUUCGAGAUAGACGGAGAUGGAUGAAUGUAUAUACCAAAUCAAACCACAAUCCCCAAUUGAGUAAUAAAGCUAUGAAUCUGGGUAAUUUCGAAUCUCAUUUUUUGUGACUCCGUUGCAUUCUCUGACAUGCCCUUUGCUUUUUCUUUCACGAUCUGUUCCUGUUACAUAACACCGAUGUAACCUUGACAGUGUUCGAUCAUGGAGAUUAUGGUCCAGGCUUUCGAUUUCUUCCAUAUAGAUUAAAUGUGAUCAUUAAAGGGUUUAGCUUUCGCAUUUUUUUUAUCUAUGAAAACAAAUAUGUCUUCGUUUCAGCUAAAGUUUCACUCUUUUUUUAUAUCUACCACACCAAGGUUUCAGGUACAUCGAAUCUAAGGUAUCACCACCACUUUCGAUUGAUAAUCACGGAUCUAUGCGUUGUGGAGUUUUGUGAUUAAUCAUUGAUGUGCAGGAGCUCAAACGGGAGACAUUGGUUUUGAUUACUAUGCGGCAGAACCGGAGAUUCACUUUUUCUCGGCUAUUCCUGAGGAAGGUAGCAUAUCCAAGAUGAUCUUGAGAAAAAGCUAGAUCCCUCUGUUUUCAAAAUUGGAAGCACACAAGCUGCUAAAAAAAGGUGGGUUGCAAUGGGAAAGCAAGUCUCUAGGAAGGUUCAACAUGUUGAAGAUAAAGUGAAGGAGUCUCUUCUACAAAUACAACAAGGACUGGAACUUGACAAAGAAAGUCUCAACUCUCUCAAAACCAGGAAACUCUUAGUAACACAGGGAUGGACGGGAUAUUCUGAUGUUGAGAAAGGUCCUAAUUAUGCUCCCAAAAGGAAGAUUUUCGCUACUGACUUGACUCGAGAAAAUCUACACAUCUGGAAAGAGUUGGAAUUCAAGGAGUAUAACUUCAAUGCUAAGGGACAACCUCUUGAUGCUAGCUAUCUCCAUCCCCUUCUUAAGGUCUCAGAUUCUCUGUCCUUUUGCCCAUCAGAUCAACAAAGUUUCAUGUCUGAACUUGAUUCCCAGGUCUCUACUGCCUUCGACCCGUUUGCUGAUGCGAAUGCUGAGGACUCAGGUGCGGGAACAAAGGAGUUGUUGAAAUCGUUUACUUCAAGCGCAAUGUAUCUUAGUGUUUUGUGUAACUCAUACUGA